AUGGUGGUUGGCAUCCCUGGUGGCAACCGCUCGACUGCGGUCGCUGAAGCCAGACGGUUGGUCAAGAAGGCGCGGUCGUAUGAGAAGGCAGGUCAGCUCGCCAAGGCUAUCAAGGCGUACACCCUAGCCAUUGCUCGUGACAAGCGGAACGAGAAGACGUAUUUGCUGCGAGCGUCGGCUUACGAAAAGUCGUCACGGUUCAACAAGGCUGUUGCCGACUACACCACCGCCCUCGAGUGCAACAGCAACAAUCCCAAGACGUACACCAUGCGCGGCCGGGCGUACACCUCGUCCGGCCACUACGAGAAGGCCAUUGCCGACAACACCCGGGCCAUUCAGCUCGAUCCCGACUACUCGACUGCCUACGACCACCGCGGCAUUGCAAAGUAUCGCCUCGGCCGCAAGCGCUCCGCUAUCCACGACUUUAAGCGCGCCAUCCGUCGCGAGCCCAAGUUUGUGAACGCCUACUUUCACCUAGCCCACGCCCUCAAGUCUGUCUCCAAUGAGGCCGAGGCCAUCCUUGCCCUGAGGCGCGCCAAGAAGCUGGCCGGUUUUGAGCCGACGGUCUCCCCGAGCGACUGGCCCGAGCACGAGGACUCGGGCUUUGAGAACGCCAUGAAGAAGUGGACCGCCCUCGCUGUCAAGUCGGCCGACAAGGCUACCGCCCGCCACGCCGCCGCCGCACAAGCGCGCCAGCGCCGCAUCGCCGCAGGCGCCUCCAUCGAAGACGCUAUCGCCGCCACCGCAGACUACUCUACCUCAUCAGCCUAUUCCGGCUACUCGGCAGACUCGGCCUGCACCCUGCGGACAAGGAGCACGUCGGCCAAGGGUCGCUCGUCCGAUAACGUCGCCGCCUCGCGUGCCGCCUCGCCGCUCGCCUCCUCGCUCGCCGUCCGCCUCUCGCGCCGCUCGCUCAAUCUCUCUUCGGCCUCACUCGACGACUCGCUGCCGGACAUGGCCGACAGCGAUGUUGUCGCCUGUAUUGCCGACUUGGCUCCUCUUAUCCGCUCCCGUGCCUGUCCGCGUGCUCGCGCGGAUGGCAAGGCUCUCGAGACAGCCGCGCAAGCCGGCAAUGCCCUCGUCGCCCUCCAUCCGCGCGGCUCGCUCCGCACCGUCCUCGCUGUUGUCGACGACUCGGUCGUCCGCUUUGUCCAGGAUCCCGACUCCUCGCGCAUCUACCCCAAGUGUUCAUGCCACGCACCAGUGACGAUGCGGAAGAAGACCUCGCAACCGCGCCCGCAGUGGUGCAAGCACAUUGUCGCCGCCAUCCUCCGCGCCCAGCACGGUUCUUAUGCCGUGCGCUUCUAUGCCGAUACUGCCCGUGUUGCUGCUGCUCUCAAGCUUGUCGUCGAGCGUGCCCAUCCAGCCCUGCUGCCGGAGGCCUACGCUGCCAACGCUCAUCUCAACGCCGCCCGCGCCGCUAUGGCCGCAGACGCCGACGACGCCGACGCGCGCAUCGAACGCGAGCUCGACGCCCUCGAUGCCGCUCUAGCUGCUUCCGCACGCGCUGAGCGUAAGGCUCGUGCCGAAAAGGUGGCUGCUGAGCACGACGCCGCUGCCCGCCGCAAGACCGAACGCGCCAAGCGCCGCGCCCGAAAACGCGCCCGCAUGCUAGCCGAGAUCGAGACCGACAACGCCGCCCGCGCCGCUGCUGAAAAGGCAGCUAUGGCCAAGCUCGCGUCAUCGGCCCGUGCCCGCAUAGACCGCGCCGAGGCCGAAGAGCGCGCCGCUGCUGCUGCCCGCCGCUCUGCCCGCCGCUCCGCCUCGGCCGCACGUGACGCCCGCCUCCUCUCGGCCUCAGCCUCGGCCUCGGAGCUCCUUAUCUCUCGCAGGCAGACCUCCGGUGAGCUCGCCCUCCUCUCGCGCUCGGCCUCGGUCGCUCUGCACAACUCGACCCGCCGCAUCACCCCCACCUCGCCGCUGGUCCCGUCUGCCUCGGCCCUUCUGUAG